GCUUGGACUUAGGGUUCCUUAAUACACCUCUCUAUAUAUUCAUCUCUCUAUAUAUAUAUGCACCUAUGUCGGUUACGUUUUCUCCUAGAACAGCUGCUGCGUGUGUGGCUAGACCAUUUGCCCUCAUCGUCCUCGUACUGUCUGCAACUUCUAUCUUACAAUUAAAAGCAAUGGCUGAUGGUCGUGAAACUGAUAAGAAUAUUGAAAUAUGGAAAAUCAAGAAGCUUAUUAAGGCACUGGAAGCUGCUCGAGGCAAUGGUACUAGCAUGAUUUCUCUCAUCAUGCCUCCACGUGAUCAAGUAUCUCGUGUUACAAAGAUGCUUGGAGAUGAGUAUGGAACUGCAUCUAACAUCAAAAGCAGGGUGAACCGCCAAUCUGUUCUCUCUGCAAUCACUUCUGCUCAGCAGAGGUUGAAAUUGUACAGCAAAGUCCCUACAAAUGGGCUGGUGCUGUACACUGGAACCAUUGUUACUGAGGAUGGGAAGGAAAAGAAAGUGACAAUUGAUUUUGAGCCAUUCAGGCCCAUCAAUGCGUCACUUUAUCUCUGUGACAACAAGUUCCACACUGAGGCGCUCAAUGAACUUCUGGAAUCUGAUGACAAGUUUGGAUUUAUUGUUAUGGAUGGUAAUGGAACCCUUUUUGGGACUCUGAGUGGCAAUACUAGGGAGGUUCUUCACAAGUUCACUGUGGACCUCCCUAAGAAACAUGGAAGAGGAGGGCAAUCUGCUUUGCGUUUUGCUCGGCUGCGUAUGGAGAAGCGUCACAACUAUGUGAGGAAAACUGCAGAGCUUGCCACUCAAUUUUAUAUCAAUCCACAGACAAGCCAACCGAAUGUGGCUGGACUCAUACUUGCUGGUUCAGCUGACUUCAAGACAGAACUCAGUCAAUCUGAUAUGUUCGAUCCUCGUCUACAGGCAAAAAUUCUGAAUGUAGUGGAUGUCUCUUAUGGUGGUGAAAAUGGUUUCAACCAGGCAAUUGAACUGUCAUCUGAAAUCUUAUCUAAUGUGAAAUUUAUUCAAGAGAAGCGUUUGAUUGGAAAGUACUUUGAGGAGAUUAGCCAGGAUACGGGAAAAUAUGUGUUUGGUGUUGAGGACACAUUGAAAGUUCUUGAAAUGGGUGCUGUGGAGACUCUUAUUGUGUGGGAAAAUCUGGACGUGGCUCGAUAUGUGCUGAAGGAUGCUGCCACUGGUGAAACUAUCAUAAAACACUUGAACAAGGAGCAGGAAGCAAAUCAGAGCAACUUCAGGGAUGAAGCUACAAAUUCUGAAUUGGAAGUACAGGAUAAGAUGUCACUACUUGAAUGGUUUGCCAAUGAGUAUAGACGAUUUGGGUGCACACUUGAAUUUGUUACCAACAAAUCACAAGAAGGAUCUCAGUUUUGCCGAGGCUUUGGAGGAAUUGGUGGGAUUCUGCGCUAUCAGCUGGAUGUGCGGGCUUUUGAUGAGAUUUCUGAUGAAGGUGAAAUUUAUGAAGAUUCUGAAUAGCAAUCAAUCAACUUGUCUAAAUCCAGUGCAGCGAAUGGGGCGGCGGCAAGGCUGCACUGGUGCGCAGGGGCAUGCGCGGGACUGAGCUGCUCCGAUUCUGACAGAAAAACAAAAGUGAAGGGAUGCACUCUAAGUGGCGGUGGUAGGUUGGUAAACCUUGAAAGGAUGACAGCUGCUAUGGUGAUGGUGAUGGUGAUGGUGAUGGCGACCAUGUGAUUGAUACGAAGAAGAAGAAAUUACAAGGGUGUAUUGGGUUGAAAUGGCAGUGCAGUUAUCAUCAGCUAGCUAGUUUAUACAGCUGUGGAAUGCAAACCUCACAUUACCAUUAUGUGGAGGGAGAGAGAAAGAGAGAGCGAGUGCAGGACAUUUGAGUUUGAUGGUUGGUAUUUUAAGUAGUAGUAGGGGUUGGUAAUUUGAGUUGUUAUUUGUGUGUGUGAUGAUGGACUUGGUGGCUAUGGCAGUUUGGAGCGUGUUGGUUUAGGGUUUAUGGAUAUUACUGCUGCUGUGUAUGGUUUGGGUUUUAAUGAGAACUCAUUAUAUGCUAUGGUAUUUA